GACUAUAGAGUCUAAUUUUCUGGUUGGGACAUUUUUCUACAAAGCCCAACAACAAUAUUUCCCAACUCAGAUCCAAAAACCUAUCUUGUCUUCGUUUCAUUCUUGUAAGCGAAAAGAUUCAAACUUUCCAUCAGUUUGGCCGGAAAAUCAACAACCCUUUUACUCAAAUCCACAGAAUUUGGGUUUAUAAGAUGAUAGCAAUUGUAGUAGCUGUGGUUCUGGCUUUACUUUUGGGAGCUUUUGUUUUGAUUCCCAGACCCCCAAAAUCUGGUCAUACAAAGAAUGAUCAGUCAAAUGUUAAACUCAAUAAGGGAACAAAACUAUACACCAAAUCAGAAGUCUCUUUGCACAACAAGGGAACUGAUUGUUGGAUCAUCAUUAAAGACAAGGUAUAUGAUGUUACCUCGUAUGUAGAGGAACACCCCGGCGGUGAUGCCAUUCUUGCACAUGCCGGGGAUGAUUCAACCGAAGGCUUUUACGGGCCACAACAUGCAACUCGAGUUUUCGAUAUGAUCGAAGACUUUCACAUAGGCAAUUUGGAGAAGUCAUGAUGUUUUCCAUUGAGAAAGGCUUAUUUUACAGCCUUCAUCUACUCUUAAGAUAGAAAGCUUGGGUAGAAUCAUUUAAGACAAUUUGCUAGGAUGAUAAAUUUUGUAUUUAUUUUUGUGUUUUUGUUAUUUAAUCCUUGAAACUAGAUUCUCAACAUGGGAAUUUAGAGAGAUUUUUGUGGUAGUUAUUUGUUUUCUAUAUUAGUUGUAAAAUUAAAAUUUGUAGGAUCUAAUAUUAAAUUGUACUAAUAAUGAUAUGAGACUCUAGGAUGGUGUUGAUUACCA